CAGGACUACCGUCACUGACGUGAUGUCACUGUACAGGAAACAAUGGAGGACAUCGACAAGAACCGAGAUGGCUUCAUCGACCUGAAGGAGUAUAUCGGUGACAUGCACACUGUAAAAGAAGGAGAAGAAGAACCCGAGUGGGUGGAGUCCGAACGCCAGCAGUUCUCCGAGUUCAGAGACAAAAACAAAGACGGAAAGAUGGACCGAGAAGAAACUCUGGACUGGAUUCUUCCGUCUGACUACGACCACGCCGUCGCUGAAGCCAAGCACCUGGUGCACGAGUCCGACGCCAACCAGGAUGGAAAACUCUCUAAGAGUGAAAUCCUCAACAAGUACGACCUGUUUGUCGGCAGUCAGGCGACGGACUUCGGCCAGGCGUUGCUACGACACGACGAGUUCUAG